AUGACGAAGAUCCAUUACACGAAGAAUCCCGACAAUAGCACGAAAUCGUGCAAAGCUCGUGGAUCAGAUCUCCGAGUGCAUUUUAAGAACACGCACGAGGCAGCGAUGGCUCUUCGCAAUAUGCCAUUGAGACGAGCACAGCGUUUUCUGGAGAACGUGAAGGAGAAGAAGGAGAUCGUUCCGUUCCUUCGCUACAACGGUGGAGUUGGACGAAAGGCACAGUGUAAGCAGUGGAACACCACACAAGGUCGCUGGCCCAAGAAGUCUGCCGAGUUCCUUCUCGACCUCUUGAAAAACGCUGAAAGCAACGCUGAGUAUAAAGGCUUGGAUGUGGACCAUCUUGUUGUGGAUCACAUUGUCGUACAACGAGCUGCCAAAAUGCGACGACGAACAUACCGUGCUCAUGGACGGAUUAAUCCUUACAUGUCUUCGCCAUGUCACAUCGAGGUGAUUCUCACUGAGAAGGAAGACGUUGUUUCAAAGCCUUCAGAUGAUAUUCCAAGAACCAAAAAGGAAUCAAAAAGGAAACAGAGGCGCCAGUUGGCUCGCGGAGAAUAUUAA